UAAGGGCGCAAUCAGCACUUGACGUCUCCAGUCUGCCAGUCAACGGUUGGUUGUUUCAGGCAGAUCCACGGACACCUCUGCCAGCUGGCCGCCGGGGUCCUUGUCGUUGCUUAGCCAUAUUGCUGUCGAUAGCAAACACGUACGCAGACGCUCAGCGAAACGGAACAAAGUCUUUUCGCGGACAGUUUAAGGCCAGAAUGAUGCACAUGGCUGCCAGACCUUGAGCCAAGCAGGAAGCAGCGGUGUGGGUCACUUGAUUAGGGACCAGCUGACCUCAGCAAAGUUUGCUGUUGUGUUGCACUUCCUGGCCAGCCUCCGCUGAGACCGUGCAGUGCCCGUCCCGCCGACUGCCGCCACCCACCGAGUAGGGCGUCAAGCAUGUAUUGCCUGCAGUGGCUGCUGCCGGUGCUGCUGAUCCCCAAGCCGCUCAACCCGGCGCUGUGGUUCAACCACUCCAUGUUCAUGGGCUUCUACCUGCUCAGCUUCCUGCUGGAGAGGAAGCCUUGCACCAUCUGUGCCUUGGUCUUCCUCACCGCCCUUUUCCUCAUCUGCUACAGCUGCUGGGGCAACUGCUUCCUCUACCACUGCCAGGACGCCGCCCUGCCGCACGCUGCACACGACCCGGCCAUCGUGGGCGCCUAGAGGCCCCUCGCCAUUGCUGCCGCCAUGCUGGACACAAGACCAACUUUGAUGUAAAGACUUGAAAACGGAGACAGCGGGAGACAUUUUGUUUGCCCAGGCCGUGCUGUGCGUGCGCAGACACAAUCUUCCACACACCGGACAAUCAAUGUUGCCGACCACUCCUUUUCCUCUGGCUAAAUGCACACAACCAUGUUCUUUGAAGUGAUUGUCAGUAUUUUCAGCACAUGCAAAAGAAACAACACACACACAAAGUUGGAUGGCAACUUUUUUUUUUUUUUUAAUCCUUGUGUUUCAGCACAAUGUUGUUUUUGGUUUUUAAGUGGAAUAAAAUAUUUUGUUUUUCCUCCAAUAGUGUUGAGUACAUGAAUUAAAAAAGAAAAAGAAAACUUAUUGUUGAAGGUGUCAUAUUUUUCACCAACAGUGACAAAAUUUGAAAAGAGAUAUGAGAUGUCAAUUUCCCCAAACGCUCUCUCACAUACAAUG